UUCACUAAUACCAACCCUCUCACCUUCGGCGGCGUUUUACCUCUUCACACUCGCACGACAAAACCGACGCCGUUUCAUCUCCUCUCUCUCUCUCUCACUCACUAGCCUCUCCUCAAUUUCCUCCAAACAAACUAAAACAGAAAGCCAAACCAUGUCCGUGAUGUCCGCCACGUCUCUUCUCCAAUCCUGUUUCCAACAAUGCCCCUCGCCGUCUCUCUCCCUCCUCUGUCCUUCUUCGUCCUUUCACAUCUCCGUCUUACCACCACCACAGCCGAGGCUCGCCAAUAUGACAAUCACCUGCUGCGUCUCGCAGUCUCAAGUCUCGGUUGUGAAUAGCAAGAUCGACAGUCGAAUCUCCGAGCGUAACGAAAUUCGACUCGGCUUGCCGAGCAAAGGCCGCAUGGCUGCCGACACUCUCGAUCUCCUCAAGGACUGUCAACUGUCAGUCAGGCAGGUCAAUCCUCGACAAUACGUUGCUCAAAUCCCUCAGCUCUCAAAUUUGGAAGUUUGGUUUCAACGGCCAAAAGACAUUGUAAGGAAGUUGUUAUCAGGAGAUUUAGAUCUUGGGAUUGUGGGUUUGGAUACAGUCAGUGAAUAUGGACAGGGAAAUGAAGAUCUUAUCAUUGUUCACAAUGCUCUUGAAUAUGGGGAUUGCCAUUUAUCCCUUGCAAUCCCUAAAUAUGGGAUUUUUGAAAAUGUGAAUUCAAUGCGGGCGCUAGCUCAAAUGCCUCAGUGGACUGCUGAGAAACCUCUACGAGUUGCUACUGGCUUCACAUAUCUGGGUCCUAAGUUUAUGAAAGAAAAUGGACUGAAGCACGUGGUUUUUUCUACUGCUGAUGGAGCCCUGGAGGCUGCUCCAGCGAUGGGGAUUGCUGAUGCUAUUUUGGACCUUGUGAGUAGUGGGACAACACUCAGAGAGAACAACUUGAAAGAAAUUGAGGGUGGAGUUGUGUUGGAAAGCCAGGCUGUUCUUGUAGCAAGCAGGAAGUCGUUGAUCCAGAGAAAAGGUGUACUGGACACCACCCAUGAGAUUCUUGAAAGAUUGGAGGCCCAUUUGAGGGCAGUUGGCCAGUUCACGGUAGUUGCAAACAUGAGGGGAAGUAGCGCGGAGGAAGUAGCUGAGCGGGUAUUGAGCCAAACUUCAUUAUCUGGGUUGCAGGGACCCACUGUCAGUCCUGUUUUUUGCAAACGCGAUGGGAAGGUAACAGCUGAUUAUUAUGCCAUAGUCAUUUGUGUACCCAAGAAAUCACUAUACAAGUCUGUACAGCAACUGAGAGCGAUUGGAGGCAGCGGGGUUCUAAUCUCGCCCUUGACCUACAUUUUUGAUGAAGAGACUCCAAGAUGGCGUGAGCUUCUCUCAGAACUUGGGCUUUAAUUCCUGUUUUAUUUGUUAGAUAACUUAUAGUAUAUCUGUAGCUGUCAAUGCUGGAGUGAUCGUUGAGCAUCCUGACAAAAACUGUAAAAUUU